UCUUAUUCCAAUGCAUUGAAUGCCAUUUGCAAACAAAAAAGAAAAAGAUGAUUUGUUAAAUAACGUAACUGAGAGUGAGAGGUAUACUCACAGCUAUCAGGGCUGCCAAUCACUAUUUGUACAAAAUACCAUGGCGUUUGCGAAAAGCCGUUAUAUUGAAAUGUGAACGCUUCGGACUAGUCGACAGUUUAUAAAAGCAUACACUGGUAAGCUGUAAUACAAAUUCUAAAAUAAAAAACAAUGAAGCGAAAAUCAUCUGUGAAUUCGACCCAACCCUGUCGUAGAUCUUUACGCUUGUCCCAGAAGCCGUAUCGAUCAUACAAAUAUUUAAUUAAUGGACAUAAUCCGAAAAGUUUAGCAAAUAUCGAACAACUGGCUGUUAAUAUUAAAUCCAGUAUGGCCAAGAUUAACAUUUCGCCACAAACGAUUUUUUCUUCAUCCCCUGAGUUAGAAGGAAAUCAAAAUUCAAAUGCAAACUCAACGACGACAGACCAAGAGCUUUGUCAUUCUUUUUUCUAUAAAAAAGGAACUGAAAUUAAGCAAGAUGGUGAACGCGUAGAACAAGUCAUAGAAGUGCAACCGCAUACAAGUGUUGGUAAGAAACAUAAACGUGUUGAUCCAAUUAUAUGCAGUCCAGCUAAAAAAAUCAAAUGUGAGAUAGAAGAUGAAUUGCGUGUUGUGGCCCAAAAUUAUGAAAAUGUCAUUGAUUUUCAAAUUCCAAGUCAAUUAAGCCAAGAUAGUUGUUUUGAUACAAACAACAAACAGAAUAUGACUCAAAGAACAAUGGGGUCCAAGUCCAAUGCAAAAUCCAAAGACAACUAUUAUUUCAAGCAUAACAUAACAAAACGUCCAAUUGUGCACUUUGGUGCAAAUUCUGUGCUGCAUUUGCCCCAUGGAAAACAGAUGCUUUACCAAGAGCAUCGCCUAGAUGACGUACCUUUUGAUUUAUCUGUUAAGAAAUCUAGAGAGUUAAUGAGAGAAACGUCAAUAACUAACAAUUCCACCUUGAAAAAUAGCAGUAAUAUAUCGGUAGAAAACACGCCAAAGAUAAUUAAUGUUGAUGAAGUCAAAUUACAAAUCCAUUCGCACAUGAUGGGCAAAACGGAAGCAGCACAAGGUGGUAACAAGCAGGUUUCAUUAGAAAAAGUUUCUGGCAAAAACCAGUUUAGCAAGAACGCCUUGGACGGAUCUAAGGAAUCUAAGAAAACAUGCAAGUUGGAUGCUGAAGUAGUCGCAGAUAAGGAACUCGUGGUUAAAGCUAAAAAAGAUAUUCUGUCCAAGUCAAAACCACAGCAGCAGGAUAUUUCGACAAAAAAGAAGUCUACAAAAGCCAAACGGAAACAAUCAAAACAUUCUAAGCGUAAACAUUCACGAAAGGCUCCCAGAAAAACAGAAUUCUGAAGUGCAUAUCAACGGUACUCACGAAAAUAAAAGUUCAUCAUCGAAACCAGGAUCAUUUUGUGGUACGAAUGGUGGACGACAAAAAGUCAACACACCGCUUGUAUGGUUGCCACAUGCAAGUCCUAUAGUUAGAGCCCAAAACAUAAAAAUCAAACCAAAUGUGCUUCGAAAAUCAGUAAGGCUGUAAAGGACCUACUCUAGAUGUCAAAUCAAAGUUACUAUCAUACUUUUUAAUGAUAAACCUUAUCUAUAUUUCAAAUACUUUAAUCGUUUUAGUGUUAAUACUUUUCGCUAAUUAAAUAUUUGUUUCUUUCUCUUUCAACCCAAAAAAUACUGAAUAAAGUGAAUUUAGUUGAAUAA